UUGUCAUUAUUCCAACGAUAGUCAUCUACGUUGUUAUAAUCGGUCAAUCUUCGAGGAAUUGUGUUUGGCUGUUGAUAAGAGAAAGCUAUAUAUAAAGUGUCGGGAGCAAGUUGCAUGGUACAUUCGAGACGUCGAUCGAGACCACGGCAACGCUAUCGAGAGAAUAGAAUAUUUAUUUCAAGAUGCGCGCCUACGUUUUUCUGCUCGCUUCCCUCUCUCUCAUCGCCUGCGUAUGGGGUAAUAAUCUGAUUCUUGGCAGGCAUUUGCCCGGCGAGCUAAUCCUCCAGAAUCGAACCAUCUUCAAGCCAUCGAUACCAGGCGUGAGCCACACCGUUACGAUCGGUGCAACCGCGCCACCCGAUCACGUAAUCUCAUACUUCAGCGUAGUAAGCUUGAAUCCAAAGGUGGUGCACAUAAUACCUAUUAAAGGUAGCAUUGGCACCUCAUCGAUCGUCGUACUUGGGGUCGGAUUGCCUAGUUGGGGCAUACACAUAAAGGUUCUCGUAUUUGUUGUUCCCAAACUCCCCGAACCCACCACACCGAGCACCACAACUGCACAACCACCAACCACGACCGAACCAGAUACGAUGACAAGCUCUGAACCGACUAGCACACCAAGCAGCCCAUCCAAUACCGAACCAGAUACGACGACGAGCCCUGAACCGAGCAGCACGCCAAGCAGCCCAUCCAACACCGAACCAGAUACGACGAAGCCUGAACCGAGCAGCACGCCAAGCAGCCCAUCCAGUACCGAACCAGAUACGACGACGAGCCCUGAACCGAGCAGCACGGAACCAGAUACGACGACGAGCCCUGAACCGAGUAGCACGUCAAGCAGCUCAUCCAACAGCGAAGAGCCAACGAACACCGAACCAGAUACAACGAGCUCUGAAUCGAGUGGUUCAUCGAGCAGUGAGGAAUCAACGAACACCGAACCAGAUACAACGAGCUCUGAAUCGAGCAGUGAGGAAUCAACGAACACCGAACCAGAUACAACGAGCUCUGAAUCGAACAGUGAGGAAUCAACGAACACCGAACCAGCAAAUGUGCCGACCAGCACUGAAUCAAGUAGCGAAGAAUCAAAUGCCGAAUCGAACGAAUCGAUAAACUCUGAUUCAAAUAGCGUGGAAUCAAAUAGCGAAAAGUCUCGGAAUAAUCGAUUGUGGAAAUGGAUCCGAUCUCGACUCUGAUGAAUCGAUCGAUAAGAGGUAUAAAGUUGGAAAUUAGCUCCGUACGUUAUAUAUCCGUAGUAUAUCU